UAUUAAUGAGUCAUCAUAAUAAGGCACAUGAUAUAGCUAAAGUCGCAGCCGCUAGGUUGAAUGCAGCUGCAGCUACAAGAAAUUAUAAUGUGACUCCAAGAGUGGAUUAUAGAACAGUGGUGAAGGUAGAUGGGCCACUAGUUAUUUUGGACAAUGUCAAAUUCCCAAGAUAUGCAGAAAUUGUUAAUGUUUGUUUGGGAGAUGGAUCAGUCAGAAAAGGGUAUUAAUCUAUUUAAUACUUUUAGAUAAGUGUUAGAAAUAGCUGGUAAGAAAGCAGUCGUACAGAUCUUUGAAGGUACUUCAGGUAUCGAUAAUUUGUACACACAUUGCGAAUUCACAGGUUCAACACUUUAAAUGCCAAUUUCUGAAGAAAUGCUUGGAAGAGCAUUCAACGGAUCAGGAGUUCCAAUUGAUAAAGGCCCCCCUGUUUUGGCUGAAGAAUUCUUAGAUAUUCAAGGAUAACCCAUUAAUCCAUUCUCUAGAGUCUAUCCUCAAGAAAUGAUUCAAACAGGUAUCUCAGCCAUCGAUUGUAUGAACUCAAUUGCCAGAGGAUAGAAGAUUCCAUUGUUCUCUGCCAAUGGUUUACCUCAUAAUGAAAUAGGAGCGUAUGAUUCUACAUCUAUAUUUCUAGUUAAAUUGUGCGUUAAGCUUCAUUAGUCAAGGGUAAAGAUGUGCUUGAUCAUUCUGAUGAAAACUUUGCAGUUGUCUUUGGUGCUAUGGGUGUCAAUAUGGAAACAGCUAGAUUUUUCUAAACAGAUUUCGAAUAAAAUGGUUCUAUGGAAAGAGUCGUCUUGUUCAUGAACUUGGCUAAUGAUCCAACAAUUGAAAGAAUUAUUACUCCCAGAUUGGCAUUAACAACAGCAGAAUAUUUGGCUUACGAAAAGGAGUUGCACGUGUUGGUUAUCUUAACAGACAUGUCAGCCUAUGCAGAUUCAUUAAGAGAAGUCUCUGCAGCCAGAGAAGAAGUGCCAGGAAGACGUUCUUUCCCUGGUUAUUUAUAUACAGAUCUUUCAACCAUUUACGAGAGAGCUGGUAGAGUGCAAGGCAAAAAUGGAUCAAUCACUCAAAUCCCUAUUUUGACAAUGCCUAAUGAUGAUAUCACACAUCCAAUCCCAGAUCUUACAGGAUAUAUUACAGAAGGAUAAAUCUUUAUUGACAGAUAAUUGAAUAACAAAUAAGUUUACCCUCCUAUCAAUGUCUUACCCUCAUUAUCAAGAUUGAUGAAAUCUGCUAUUGGUAAGGGUAUGACCAGAGAAGAUCAUCCUGAAGUUUCAAAUCAAGUAUUUAUUAUUCUUAACAUCAACUAUAGUUAUAUGCUAAUUAUGCCAUCGGUAAGGAUACAGCAGCCAUGAAAGCAGUCGUAGGAGAAGAAGCCUUGUCUGCUGAAGAUCUUUUGUAUUUAGAAUUCUUGAAGAAGUUUGAAAAUAACUUCAUCAGUUAAGGAGCUUACGAGGUUCGAUCAAUUUUCAAAUCCCUAGAUUUAGCUUGGAGAUUGUUAAGAAUCUUUCCUCCUGAAAAAUUAAAGAAAGUAACAAAUUAUUUUAUUCUGAUUAGAUUAACAAAAGAAAUCUUGAAACUUACUAUUACAGAAGAAAAGAAGAUGAGGAUGACUUUGAUGGACCCCAAUAAUAGUAAGAAAAAUGAGUAUGAUAUAUAGUCGUAUCAAAUACAAUCAAUUUAAUCUAUAUA